CCGGGACGGCGGCAGGACGCAGAGCGGAGCCGCGUUGCCCCCUGCAAGCCCAGCGGAAGAAAAGCCCCGGAGGACGGAGAGCCGCAGGCUGCUGGCUGCGGGGAAGGGCGGCAAGGCAGGAGGUUGACCCCGCGCGGAUGAAAGGCGGAUUGCCCGCGCUGUGGUACUGAUCCGCCAAGGUUAAGCUGCUUCCUAACGCAAACUACGCACACAACACAGUAACCUCGCCCUGCUAAUCUGGAAUUGUCCACGAUGAGCCCCCUCCAAGAGAGAAAUGGAAGCUUUGGCAGCAAGGAGUCUCUGGACAAGUGUCUGCAGGCAAAGAAGGAUUUGGAAGCUGCAAUUGCUGAAAUUGUCAAAGCUGAAGAGCAAGUUAAAGACAACUGGAAAGAGGUGAAAGCUCAGAUUCACAGCUGCAUCAGUCGCCACCUGGAAUGCCUGCGAAGCCGCGAAGUUUGGUUGCUGGAACAGGUCGAUCUCAUUCAGCAGUUGAAGGAAGAAGCCUUACAGCAACAAGCGCAACAGCUCUGUUGGUUGUUGGGACAAUUCAGUUGCCUUAUCCGCCAGCUGGAACAGCCUCAAAGCAAUGACCUUACAAAUCAGAUUUCAGCAUGUUUUGAGAGACUUGGCAGUUUGACUCUCCAGCCUGAAGAAACUUCCAUCCUGAACUUUGAGGCUGAUGUGCCAUUUCUUCGCCAGGCGAUCACCUCAUUUGGCUCCAUUACAACAAUGCAAACUUCUGAUAAAGAAGAUUAUGCCCCUUGGAUCUCUGUGCAGAACUGUCCUGUGAUGACUAGUUUGGAAAAGCCAAAACCUUUCUGUGGAAUGCUUGGUUGCCCACUCUCUGACUGGCUUCUUGGAACCAAAUCCGAUGGUGCUUGCUGUACACCUUACGUUCCUAGCUACAAGCAGGAGGACUGGCUCUUGAAAACGCAUGCUGAGGAGGCCAAUCAGGAUUCAAAGUCUUCUGAAGUGUGUUACUUGGAGAAAGCAUGGGGAAAUCUGAAAAACUUGGAGAAUUGGCUUUUGCAGAACCAGCAAGAUGUUCCUGACAGGAUGGAUGUCCGCCGACGGAAGAGUUCCACUUCCACCAUUGCCUCCACCUUGUCCAUUGAGAAGAUAGAUGAUUUGGAGAUCUUAGAGCAAGAAGACACAGAUCUUUCUGAAUGGCUACUCGUGCCUCCUGAAUCCGAAAACAAGAAUGCUUCCGAUGAGAAAUGGAAAUUCAUUUUUAAGCCUUUUCGGGAGGAAUAUAAUAUGAAUGAUUGGCUCCCUAAAAGUGAUUCCUGCAAUAAUUGUUGCGGCAGUCAAGCCAAAGGCGUAGAGAUAGAGAAUCUUGGCAACCUUAAAUGCCUUAGUGAGCACCUUGACGUGAGGAAGCUGCCUAGCACCAAUGCCUGGCUGCUGCAGCCCACUUUCAAAGUAGAAGAUCUAUGCAGAGCCAACGAGCCAUGUUCUAGUUUUUCCGAGUGUGUGUGUGAUGAGAACUGUGAAAAGGAGGCUCUGUGCAAAUGGCUUCUUAGGAAAGAAGGCAAGGAUAAAAACGGGGUGCCGAUAGGGGACGUCUCUGAACCUGAGGAACGUCAGCCUGUGGUGAACAUCUGGCUCCAUCCUUCUCGACAAGCAGAGGGGGAUUUGGCUACCUCUGCAAUAAAACAGGAUGCCCGUGAGGUGGCGGAACCUCUGAAAGAAUUGCUAGGAACCUCAUUGUCUUCUUGGCUAGCCAAACAAGAAAUCAAAGCUUCCAGUGGAGAAGAGAAAGCAACCAGAGAGGAGGCUGAAGUGAGCCAUAAGGGUUCCCUCCUGGAGCUCCUCGCACCCUUCCAGCUCCCUCUCAGCGUAAACAGCUGGAUCAUGUCUUCAAAAAACGCAGAAAUCUCCAGCCAGCCUCCCCCAGAAGAUAAAUGGCUGCUACGGAAGAAAGCACAUGACAGUGGCCUUCCUGCAGUUUGUGACCUCUUUGCCUGUAUGAACCUGAGUGGAGAUAGAGAAAAGUGGCUAUAUCAGACUCCUUUACAGCUGUGAAAAAGAAAAACCCUGCACAAUGUGAUCCAAAUGAUCACUUUGAUCUCCUGCUGAUCAUCGCACACCUGGAAUGAGUGACUGCGGCCUGUCGCUUCUCCUGUGUUUUGACCAUCUGCCUCUUCCAGAUUUUGAAUGUCACUUUAAAAGUUGUACGUAGCUGGUAUUGGGCUGCAGAAAAUGGACCUUGGGAGUCCUCUCUUAUUACAUGGAAACAGAAGUGCCCUUGUUGGUAUUUCUUGGUCUAUGACAUGAACAGCCUGCUGUGACUCAUCACGUGAAACCUGUUAAGUGUCAAAGCCAGUAUUUUGAAGUAACUUCCUGAUCGGGGUGACCCUUAGCUGGGAUGGGAGAUGGGGAGAAGCUGAACUUUGUCCAGAGCACAUUGUUGGCUCUUCUUUCCAACUCCUAGUUCUAAAUAUAUUUGCAGAGCAUGUUUGUGAGACACAGCUCUUAUGAAGCCAUUCGAUAGUUCUGAAUUGUGUAUUUUGUGUGUAUUGGCACUCUUCUUAGCUGAAAGAUGAUCAUAGGUCGAUCAGAUUGGCAUGGGCACCUGAUAAUUUUGGUGACAUCUUAGUUAAGGUAACUAGGACGGGAAGGGGCUAUAAUUGAGCAGAGAGUGGAUGAAAUGUGUGUGUGUGUGUGUGUUAUUUUAAAGCCCAUUACCUAGUACAACGUGUAUCCUCUGCAGAACAAAACUUAAUUUUUAUUUCUCUCACACUAUGAAUUAUAGUAUCCUGACAAGUUGAAAGUAGCCUUAGAAACUUUAAUGCUAAACUUUAAUACCACUUUUACCUGUUGCCACAAUUUGUGGAGGCAUCUUUGAUAAGCUGUGAUCCUAAAAUCUUAAAAAUUUAAAAAUACAGAAAUCUUGUUUUUGAAGUGCUCUUGGCUUAGCACAGGUACACUAUAAUUUUGACUGCUAGAAGUUUCACAGGCGUAAGCCUUCCAGCAUUUAAAAAGGCUACCUGUCAUGAAUACCGGUGCAUUCUUUAAAAUUUGCUGAUUUCAGCCAUUCAUUGACAUAUUUGCCUUUCAGUGCUUAACGUACCUGCUCAGGUUCAUGAGGUGGUGUAUGUAAUACCCAACUGAUGUGUAAUAUAAUCAAAUCCUUGCUGUCUUUUACAUUAAUCCAAUAUUUGUGAUGCUAAUUAAGUAUGCCAUUAAACCAUUGUGAAUAAAAAAUAUGUCUGCAUGAA